AUGAAAGAAGAAGAAACUAGGAAAGUAGCGAGUGGAUCCACAAGAAUAACCUUCAGCCCCGCAGACGAUGAGCUCGACUGUUCAUUCGAACAUAUCCUCAAUAACAGUGCUGUGCCUCGCACGAUGCCAACUGUAAUACGCACAAAAAAAGCGGAGAAUCGUAUGGUAGCUUGUUCUCCAUUCCCAGUUCUAAGUGGUGAACCAUUAAAUACUGUUGAGCAACGAGCUAUGGAACAUCAAAAGCGUCAGGAAUGGCGGCAAGCGAGGUUUAAAUCUCUGGAAGCCGACUCAAAAGCUGCAGAUGAAGUUAUGCAGCAAGUUGAGCAAAUUAACAAUAGAUUGGCAAAUAUUAUAGAAGAACACAACAACUCUUCUUUACUUGGAAAUGAGAAGAUUUUGCAAAAUGAAACUUCAUUUGAAAGAAAUGAGUAUGUCGAUCCAAUCACUGGUGAUACGACUAUUUCACUUGUUGAAAAAAGUGUCACUCAGAGAGAGGUGAAUUAA